AUGGCCGACUAUGAGCGCAGAGGAGGAGGUGGCGGUGGCGGCGGGUAUCACAACAGCUACCGCAAGCGCCGUUUCAGAGACGACGACAACGACUACCGAAAUCAACGUCGGCGACAGGACGUGCCGGCGCCACUGCGGAUCCGGCGACAGCUGCUCACGCUGGCGGAGUCGCCGCUGCGGCGGUGGCACGACGACGCGGUGACGGUGGCGCGACUGGUUGCGGACAACGACGACGACGCGCACGUGCGGGAGGGCUUUGUGCAGCUGGCGUGCCAGCUGGUGCGGGAGCAGCCGCUGAAGACGCCAUUUGUGGCGGCGGUGCUGCUGGUGGUCAACACGCUGAAGCCGGCGAUCGUGCUGGAGGUACUGCGGCACGUGGCGGGCGCGACGGAGGAGGCGAUCGCGGCCGGACAAUGGCGCGAGGUGAAGCUGCACCUGCGGCUGCUGGCAUGUCUGCAGACGUGUCUGCAGGGGGACGGAGUGUUCCCGCUGUUGGACAUGCUGUUUGAACGGGCAGUGGAUCUACAGACGGCCAGCUCGGACGACGUGAUCGGCACGGAGCUGGUCAAGAUUAUCUUGUUGACGAUCCCGUACAUCAUGGCGGCGGCACCGGGUCAGGAGUGGCAGCAGCAGGCGGCAGACCUGAUGGAGAAGACGGACGUGAUUGCGUCGGAGCCGCACGCGCUGCAGAAGCUGAUGGAUCCGUAUCUGCACGGGCGGCUGAUUGCCAAGUCAGGACGGGCGACAACGGGGACGACGAGCAAGAGCGGCAAUGGGGACGUGGCGAUGGGCGGGGAUGAGGCAGCGGUCGACGACAACGACGAGGACGAAGAGGACGAGGACGCGCCGCCGCCGGCCGAGAGCCUGUUGGCGCUGCUGCAGAAGCAGCUGCAGGCGGAGGCGGCGAGCGGGUGGCCGCUGGCAUGUCUGCCGCGGCCGUGGAAGCUACCGCUGGAGGACGUGGAGCUGCAGUCGAAGCUGGACGAGUCGGAGAAGCACACGCUGCCGGAGAUUGCGGUGCCGGCGACGGUGGUGGCAGGGCCGCGGCCGCUGUUUCCGGAGGUGUACUUUUCGGUAUAUGGAGCCGGGGCAGCAGGAGCAGGUGCAAGCGGGCUGCCGCAGUCGGUGCCGGCGGUGACGAGUGUGGCGGCAUCGCUGAUCCGCGACAGCGUUCUGGACACGAUCAACGUGAUGCACUUCAACCGCAACGUGACGGCGCGGUUUUUGAUCGACGUGGACUGCUACUUUGCAGACGAGACGUUUGUCAAGCGGGCGACGCCGUUUGACCGGCUGCGCGAGCUGGAGACGGCGACGACGUGGAAGCCUGAGGACGUGGCAGUGGACGCGGUGUUCUCACAGCUGCUGCAGCUGCCGAUGCCGGAGCACAAGCUGGUCUACUACCACGCAGUGUUGGCGGAGGCGUGCAAGAUUGCGCCGGCGGCGAUCGCGCCGAGUCUCGGGCGGGCGAUCCGGUAUCUGUACCGGCACAGUCACCGAAUGGACCUCGAGCUGGUCGGCCGGUUCGUCGACUGGUUCUCGCACCAUCUGAGCAACUUUGGCUUCACGUGGAAGUGGGCCGAAUGGGUGGACGAUGUGGCGCUGCCAGACAUCCAUCCGCACAAGGCGUUCAUUCUCGGGGCGAUCGACAAGGAGAUUCGGCUGAGCUUUGCGCAGCGGAUCAAAAACACGCUGCCGGAACCGUAUAAGGAGCUGAUCAAGCCGGAGACGGAGAAGGAUGUGCCCGCAUUCAAGUUUCAGACCGAUGACACCCCCUUUGCUGCCGAGGGCCGCGAGCUGGCUGCUCUGCUGAAGCGCAAGGCUCCGGACGAGGAGGUACAGACGGUGAUUGGGCGGAUCCAAGACCUGGCGCUGGACAGUGGACGGGACGAGCCACUGGUGGCAUCGAUGGACGUGUUCACGACAGCGGUGCUCUGGGUGGGCUCCAAGUCGCUGUCGCACGUGCUCGCGUGCAUUGAGCGGACCAAGGAUCGGUUCCUGGACGCGGGAGCAGCAUCGGAGGCUGCGCGCAGCCAGAUCCUCGAGGCGGUGAUGACGUUUUGGGCGGCGCACCCGGGCAUUGCGGUGUCGAUCACGGAGAAGCUGCUCAACUAUGCGAUCCUGUCGCCGGAGACGGUGGUGAAGUGGGCGCUAGACAAGAAGGAGGAAGAGGCUGACAAGGCCGAGACGGCCGAGACGGCACCUCGACUUUCGCAGGCCUUUGUGGCCGAGCUGGUCUUCAACACGGUCGCCAAGGUGACGCGACGGAUGCGUCAGGUGGUGGUGACGUCGCAAGCAGCCAGCGCGACCGUGGUGGCGGCAUAUGCAGCCGUGGAUGCAGCCCGGGAGCAGCAGCAGAACCCGGGAUCGCUUGCAGUGGCUGCAGUUAGUAAGCUGUUCCAGCGGGUGGCCGAGGCCGUGGAGCCGUGGGCGGCGGCAUCGUCGCCGCUGGUCGUGCGCGCCUGGGCUGAGCGCUGGCAGCGCGUGGUGCGGCGUCGUCAGGCCAUCGAGGAAGCCUUUCUGGCUGAGGCGGCCAAGGCUCGGAUGGCGGCUGAGGUGGCCGAGACCGAAGCCGAAGCCGCGGCCAACAGCAGCAGCAACAAGGCGUGA